UGACACACAAAUGCGACAGUUAGGUUGGGAGGGAAGCGCUAAUUUUCAUUCAAUUUUCUGUUCAAAUAAAAGCAUGAAACAACUAUAGGAGCACAUAAUUAAUUUAAAAACAGAACAAUGGCACAAAACCAUGUGUCGGGGAUGGAGGCGUCCGCCGUCUCCGUCCUAAAGCGGGCAGUGGAACUCGACCAGGGCGGUCGUCUCCAGGAGUCUCUCGUCUGCUACCAGGAAGGCAUCCAGCUGCUUAUGGACGUGUUAAAAGCUGUCAAAGAUGAGUCAAAGAGAGGGCACUACAGGGAGAAGAUCAAGGGCUACAUGGACAGAGCAGAGCAAAUCAAAGCUCAAGUGAACCAGAUGAAAGAAGAUGGGAAAUACCAUGAACAAAUUAAAAUUUCAGAAGAUGCUACUGGUUACAGCUAUGAGGCUCUAUUCAAGCCAUACAUCAGCAGUUCUCUCACAGAAGUCUGGGUGGAAGAUCCGUACAUACGGCACACCCACCAAUUGUACAACUUCCUGCGGUUCUGUGAAAUGCUGCUAAAAGCCUCCUGCAAAGUGAAAAAUAUCCAUCUCCUCACUUCACAGGAUGAAGCUGACAACAGCCAGCAGAGCACUGCUCUGACUGACAUGAAAGAUAGUCUUAAUGCUCAUGGAGUGACUCUGGAUCUGCAGUACUCCUCCACUAUCCAUGACAGAGAGAUCAGGUUUGACAAUGGUUGGAUCAUAAAAGUUGGAAGAGGGUUGGAUUACUUUAAGAGGCCGAAGGGCCGAUUCUCUAUUGGAUUUUGUGACUAUGAUCUCAGGCAGUGCCAGGAAACCACGGUAGACAUUUUCCACACCAAACACACAAAAACUCUCUGAGAUUUAUCAUGCUCAGCUCAGUUUCUUUUCUCACCCAAGUGACUUGCCAUUAAUGAUCUACUUAGACAAAAACAAAAACGAAAACAAGCCAGAACAUCUGUUGUGUUACUGACAUUUUCAGAGUUUGGAUUUAUAACAAUAAUUUUGACUUUUUGCUGCACUGGAAUGUUGUAAAACUCAGCUAACUGAACAAUUAAAUCUUGUUUAUUUAAUGUUAUGGGUUCUUUUGUAUGACCAACUAUGCCUUCUCUUUUUUCUAUACUUAAACUUAUCUGCUGUAAUUAUGGUUGUAUGCAGUAAUGACACAUAUAUACAAUGUUAUCACCACCUGGUGGAAAAAUGAAUGUCUUUUCUUAAAAUGAUUAAAAUAGCUUUUAUAUAACCAUGAA